AUGGAGGAAAAAAGAGUUAACAAAAGGCUGAAACAAGAUGAAAAAAAUCCUUAUAUUUCGAACUUAGAAAAGGAUAUGUCUCAAUCAAAAUCAUGUAUUAAUUCUGGGAAUUUUAAUUUUUUAUGGACAAGUUUUAAAAAACAUAGAACAACAGCAGAACAAGCAGAAAAAUUAGAGAAUGGGCCUAUAAAUCCAUUUAAUGGUGCUUCAUUUAGUGAAAAGUAUUUUAAUAUAUUAAAAAAGCGAAGACAACUUCCAGUUCACUCUCAACGAGACGAAUUUCUUAAAAUGUUUCAUUCUACAAAAAUUCUUGUUUUUGUUGGAGAAACAGGAUCUGGGAAGACGACACAAAUCCCUCAAUUUGUUUUAUUUGAUGAUUUGCCACAUUUGAAUGGGAAACAAGUGGCAUGUACACAACCACGUAGAGUAGCAGCAAUGUCAGUUGCAAAACGGGUUGCAGAUGAAAUGGAUGUAGUUCUUGGUGAACAAGUUGGUUAUAGUAUCCGGUUCGAGGACUGUACAAGUUAUAAAACUGUUUUGAAAUAUAUGACAGAUGGUAUGUUACUUCGUGAAGCUAUGAAUGAUCACCUUUUAUCACGAUAUUCGUGUAUAAUUUUAGAUGAGGCACAUGAAAGAACAUUAUCGACGGAUAUAUUAAUGGGUUUAAUGAAAGAAAUGUCGAAAAAAAGACCAGAUUUGAAAAUUAUUAUUAUGUCUGCAACAUUAGAUGCACAAAAAUUUCAACACUAUUUUUUUGAUGCACCUCUUUUGGCCGUUCCUGGUCGCACUCAUCCUGUAGAAGUCUAUUAUACGCAAGAACCUGAAAGAGAUUAUCUUGAAGCAGCUUUAAGAACAGUUUUACAAAUUCAUAUAGAGGAAGAUCCUGGAGAUAUAUUACUUUUUCUUACAGGUGAAGAAGAAAUCGAAGAUGCCUGUCGAAAGCUUGCUAUGGAGUCUGAAGAAUUGAGUAGAGAAACCGAAUUGGCGCCUAUGAAAGUUUAUCCUCUUUAUGGAACACUUCCUCCUCAACAACAACAAAAAAUUUUUGAACCAGCACCUUCACCUCGAAAAGAAGGAGGAAAACCAGGAAGAAAGGUUAUAGUAUCUACUAAUAUUGCUGAAACAUCUUUGACUAUUGAUGGUAUCGUUUAUGUUGUUGAUCCUGGUUUUAGCAAACAAAAAGUGUAUAAUCCAAGAAUAAGAGUAGAAUCAUUACUUGUUAGCCCUAUAAGUAAAGCUAGUGCUGAUCAGAGGGCUGGAAGAGCAGGAAGAACCCGACCUGGGAAAUGUUUUAGGCUUUAUACAGAACAAGCUUAUAAAAAAGAACUACAAGAGCAAACGUAUCCUGAAAUUCUACGUAGCAAUUUAGGCAAUACUGUUUUAGAACUCAAAAAAUUAGGUAUAGAUGAUUUGGUUCAUUUUGAUUUUAUGGAUCCACCUGCACCAGAAACAAUGAUGAGAGCUCUUGAGGAACUUAAUUAUCUUGCUUGUUUAAAUGAUAAUGGCGAUCUUACAGCCUUAGGAAGAAUGGCUUCGGAAUUUCCAUUAGAUCCUUCAUUGGCAGUUAUGCUUAUUGGAAGUCCAGAGUUCUAUUGUUCAAAUGAAAUUCUUUCAUUAACAGCCCUUCUUUCUGUUCCAAAUGUAUUUACAAGGCCAAAUACAGCAAAAAAACGAGCAGAUGAAAUGCGUCAGGUUUUUGCUCAUCCUGACGGCGAUCAUUUAACUCUUUUAAAUGUCUAUCAUGCAUAUAAAGGCGUCAAUGGAGAUGUAAAUUGGUGUUAUGAGCAUUUUCUUUCACAUCGAUCUUUACAGAGUGCUGAUAAUAUAAGAGCACAAUUAAAACGCACUAUGGAAAAAAAUGAUAUUGAUCUUGUUUCCACUCCAUUUGGAGAUAAAAAAUAUUAUGAUAAUAUUCGUCGAGCACUCGUGAGUGGUUUUUUUAUGCAAGUAGCAAAAAAGUCCUCUUCUGAUAAAAAUUAUUUAACCGUUAAGGAUAAUCAGCCCGUUGGAUUACAUCCUUCAACAGUAUUAAAUUAUACACCUGAAUGGGUUCUUUAUAAUGAAUUUGUUUUAACUUCAAAAAAUUAUAUUCGAACUGUAACAUCAAUUAAACCUGAAUGGCUUUUGGAAAUAGCCCCAAUUUAUUAUGAUAUUGAUGAAUUUCCUUCUGGUGACAUGAAAACUGCUUUACAAAGAGUUCAACAAAAACGUCUUAGAGCUGCUACAAUUGCAAGACGUACUGUUCAAUAA